GACAGUUUACAGUAUAUUCAACUGUCAUUGCGGACGGCAGUCAGUUUACCGUCAGUGUGUUUCUGUAGUUUUCCGCUCCCGUUUGGCCUUGUGAGUCCUCUCCGGCUCUUCUCGAACCGAAGCCCCGCUCCUCCGUGUCUCUCAUGGCUCUCUCCGCCGGGACCUUGCUGCUCCUCGCGGCCGGGCUGUGCACCGUGUCGGCCGGGGUGUUUUUCCAGGCAUCGCAGCCCUGCUACGUCCGCAAACCGAGGAAGGACGGCUUUGGAGUGAGCACUACACCUCGUCCUCAUGAGUACCUGAACAUCUCCGAUUUGCCCGAGGCGUGGGACUGGAGGAACGUCGGUGGUAUCAACUACGCCAGCACGACCCGCAACCAGCACAUUCCCCAGUACUGUGGGUCCUGCUGGGCUCACGGCAGCACCAGCGCCAUGGCAGACCGCAUCAACAUUAAGCGUAAAGGAGCGUGGCCCUCUGCUUACCUGUCUGUCCAGCACGUGAUCGACUGCGCAGAGGCCGGCAGUUGUCAUGGUGGCGAUCACUCUGGGGUCUGGGAGUAUGCCAACACCAAUGGGAUCCCAGAUGAGACCUGCAAUAACUACCAAGCUAAAGACCAGGAUUGUAAGCCCUUCAAUGCAUGUGGCACCUGCACCACAUUCGGAGUGUGUAACAUUGUGAAGAAUUACACUCUGUGGAAAGUGGGCGAUUAUGGAGACGUCAGCGGAAGGGAGAAGAUGAUGGCAGAGAUUUACGCUAACGGGCCGAUCAGCUGUGGGAUUAUGGCCACAGAGAAGCUGGACGCGUACACUGGAGGUCUCUACUCUGAGUACCAGGAGUAUCCUGGCAUCAACCACAUCGUGUCAGUGGCUGGAUGGGGCGUGGAGAACGGCGUUGAAUACUGGGUUGUGCGCAACUCCUGGGGAGAGCCAUGGGGUGAGAAGGGCUGGCUCAGGAUCGUGACCAGCAAAUACAAGGGAGGAAGUGGCAGCACCUACAACCUGGCCGUAGAGGAGGACUGCAUGUUCGGAGACCCCAUCGUUCCUAAAUCCUACGUGUAGAGGAGCUCAGCACUGUGCCAGGUCAUCACUGCACACUGUGCCGCCUUGCUAUGCCUGUUUCUGAUCGGCUCAUGCCGAAAAGGGAAUAUAUUCAGGGUUCUUUUUAUUUUUCAUAGAUGUUCUUAAAUCAAUGCAAUUCGUGCCACGGGCAUCAAGCUGGACAUCAGACUAGUACCACUGUUAUUACACCUGCUGUUGAACAGCAGGAUGCUUUGGAAUGUUACCAUACGAAUGAGAAACAGACACCAGUGUGUCAGAGGAAGGAUUGACGGAGAAGCCAUUGAACACACUCAGCCAAAGAAUGCAGUGGUGCUGUGAGGCCAGUCACAGUAUCACACUGUAUGGGAGUGGUUUCACUUCCACUAAACAGGAAAAGAAUGUGUGUGCCUUAAAAACAAUGACAGUGCUGUUUUUUGUUUUUUUUUUAGGAUGAUUAUCUCCACCUCAGAAAUAUAGCAGCUGUUAACUGAAAUAUUUGCUGAUUCAAACUACGACAAUAAACAACACCUGGAAGUAAUUCCUUACGCAUC